UGUCAACUGCGCGGUCGCCUUUCGCGCCUCCGUGCGGCUGGGCGAUGACCUCGAGCGGGCCUCUGUUGCUGCCGGCGGCGGCAGUAACAGGAAGGCAAUGGCAGCGCUUUUUGCUGCGCAUGCCAGCGCUAGACGCGACGAGUUGCUCCCCUCUCUUGGAGGAGAUCGGCGGUGAGGCGUCCUCACGCCAGCGAGGACUGAGCCCGGUAUGGAGGAACAUCCCCCCGAGCUUCGGUCUCUUUGCCGCCUUCUUCAUUUCUUUGUCUAUGCUUUGCGUGCCUCCUUUUGCCCGUAUCGCCAAGUUCCAGCAGGAGAGCGCCCUGUUUUUCAGUUUCACGCUGCAGCUCGCGGUAGUGGCCAUGUACCUUCCUAGACUUCCCUUCUUUCUGCGGAGUCGCCGGGGCCCAUGGAGCAUUCACCUGGUCUUGGGCCUCCUGUGGUGUGCGGCGGUUGUGCUGCGGAGCCAGGCCUAUGAGAGGCUGCCCAUUGCCUCCUGCGUAUUGGUCACAAACAUCCGGAUGCCUGUGGGUAUGGUGAUGCGCUACGUCUCGGGGAAGCGAUAUACCUACUGCCAGAUGGCGGGGGGCUUCCUGACUGCGAGCUCUAUCCUAGCCUUGUGCCUCCGCUGGACGCUGAGCUCCGGAGAGCUCCCGGACGGCCUCUGGCAGCUGCUGGCUGCGGCGCUGGUGCAGACGGCCGAGGUGCGGCUCAUGAGGAAUCGGGUCCACCACUUCGGUGGCAACAUCCAGGAGUAUAGUCUUUUCACCCACAUCUUCGCGCUGAUGGUGCUGUUCCCCUACCACUGGCCGGCCAUCAAGUCGCACAUCCAGGUUUGCCUCAGCGGGCGCGACCGCUGGUUCAGCUCCUACCUGGUCGUAGGAGUGCUGCUGCACUUCGGGGCGCGGAGCCUGGCGAGCGGCCUGGCGAGGCGGUCAGUGAAUGUGCAGCAGGCGCAGCUGGUCCAGAGCUGCGCAGGCCUGGGCCAGUUCUUCACCGCCGCCUUCUGCUCCCCAAGCCCGGCGAACUGGGGGCAGGCUGCGCUGAGCAGCGUGCUGGUGGCCGCAGGCAACUUCCUGUACCUGAAGGACACCGAGAUCUCUGAGGAGAGCAACAUGAGCCCAGCCCUGGGCAAGAUGAUGGAGAUGGAGUCCCCAGCCCUCAAGCAGGUCUGGGCGGAAGCCACUCAGGAGGCCAAGAUGGGCGACGAGGAGGCCAUCCGGCGGGAGAACCUGGCCUGGCGCCGUAUCGGCAUCCAGUCCGUGCGAGCGAGGAACAAGCGCAUCGAUCGGAGCAUCAGCAACAGUUCCUUAAAAGCAGGCUGGAGCACCUGCAACGUGGAAUUCGAGGGCAACGCCACCUUGGAGGACCUCGCACCGGUGCCGCAGCAUCAGCAGAAGCUGCCCUGCCUCAUCGAGCGCGCGAUGAAGACGGAGCACCCGGACGCUCCUCCCUGGCUGCCAGUUGCGGUUCUCUAUAUCUUCGUAGGGGCUUCCUGCGUUUGGCCAUACAGCAAGCUGCUGCAGAGGGAUCCCAAGAGCGCCCUAUGCUUCAACUUCAUCCUGCAUGUUGUGAUACUUACCCGAUUUCUGCCUCAAGCACGCAGCCUCCUGACGCAGAGGAGAAUACCUCUGAGAUACCACGCUCUCAUGGCCUUCCUCUGGUGCUUCUUCACCACCACCAAGUCCGACGCCUACUCGCGGCUUCCGACUUCACUUUGUGUGUUGCUGUCCAACCUCCGGAUGUUGGUGGGGCUCAUCCUGCAGUUCCUGCUCUUCGGCAAGCGCUACUCCUCCUCCCAGAUCUUGGGCGCCGCCAUCGUGACGCUUGGAAUCGCCUGGGCUGGCAAUGCUAUGCAGCAUGCUGCAGCAUCCAAAACGUCCGGUCGUGGUGCUGAAAUCAGCCAGGACUUCUUCAUUGGUAUGAUGGAGUGCCUUGUCUCCACCAUCGCGUUGGCCUUACAGGGCUGCACCAUCAAGAUCACCUUCUCCCGGUUCGGGGAGCAUGUGGAUGAGCAGGUCUUCUUCACCCACCUCUGCGCUCUGGUGGUGGUCUUUCCGAGCCAGUGGGACCUGGUAGGACCUCGCCUGGUCAACUGGUUUUACGAAAUGGACCCCGUUCUCCUCGUCCUGCUCCUGUCAGGUGUGGUGCUGAAUUUCGCCUCCCGGUCGCUGGGCACCAAACUGGCUGGUCGGGCGCCCAACCUGCUGGUGCUGCAACUGGCCCAGACACUGGACGGCUUCUUCCAGCUGCUGGUGGCCGCCUUGGUGCGGGUGCCCCCCUGGCCGCCCUCGGGGUUCUGGGGCGGGGCUCUGGUGCUGAUGCUCGGCACUUUGCAGUACCUCCGAGCCUCCGGUGCUCCGGCUGAAGAGGACGAUGCCAUCCCAGCCAGCGUUUGGAAGACACCGAACUCGCAGGCCGCCUGGUCCGUGGCCACGGUGGCAGCGCGCCGCGGGGGGGUGGACGCGGUGCGCCGGGAGAACUUGAAUUGGCGGCGCCUGCAUUUGACCAAGCUCCAGGCGCAGACACCUUGACAAGUACGGCCGGGCGAGGUGAGCCUUCGUAGGUGUACUCACGAGAUGUGCGGGUAUGUCGCAUCAUGCUUGUUUGUUGAAUAGAGUUGGUAUGCUAGGUCCCCCAGUAGUGCCCUUUUACCCUUUUUUGCGGGA